UCGAACUUUAUUUCUUCUUGCGGAACGUGUUGGCAUUGUAUUCUCAUCCAAGAAUUAUCUCGGCCAUCAUUCUCAAGCGGAGAAGAACGCGACGGACGCGUUGCGCGGUGGUUAUCCACCGUCACGAAAUCUCUUCCCACCUGGACAACUGUUCGACCUGUUCCUAUACCUCGAUGACUCGGAAGAACGUUUUUCUAACUUCGAGGAACGCAAUCUUUUUCAUGAGGAACGUGGAAUACGAUAUGGUGAUUAUUCUAUUGGGCCAAAAAAGGAUGGAAUUCUGGUUUUUCAAAAGACUUUCGCCACGCCUGAGGCACUUCUUCGGAAUCAAUCCAUAUAUUUGCACGUUUUCAUAACGAAAUCUGGGCAUUCUCCAAACCCGCGCCAUCGAAGUCAUGUCGCACGGGAGGUGGUGUAUGGAGUCCAACAGCUCAACAAGUAUAAGAAAAAGCAUUAUAAAAAGACGACAAACCUCCUAACGGGGAAGAGCGAGCAAAGUGAUCAUGACCUAGAAAAGGCGGAUAAAGUGAAUUUUGAGGUCUUAAACUUUUGGCAUCCUAAUCUCACAAUUAGUCUGGUUGAUGAUCAAACACAGUGGAUAAAGGGAUCCUUGCCACCUCCACUUGACGAAGCCGUUUUAUUUGACACCACCCAAGAAUUCUAUUAUCCAAUUCUGUUCUUUAAUACCUAUUGGAAUCUUGGUUCAGAAUACAUGCCGACAAAUGACACUGUUAAGGUACUCUGCAGCAUUUAUCAACCGUUAUCGCUGUUCAAGUACCAAUUAUAUGCUAGUCAGAACAUGCGUAACAAGUGGUCGUCGAUGUUAGAUGACGACGAUCAGGACACCAUAAAACAAGCGCUUAUGGAAACAAGUCCAAUUCUUCUAGGUAUUUUGACGAUGUUUGUGUCACUUCUGCAUACGGUAUUUGAAUUUUUGGCAUUCAAAAGUGACAUCCAGUUUUGGCGGUCCCGGAAGGACUUAGUUGGCUUGUCAGUACGUUCCGUGCUGUUUAACAUAUUCCAGUCGCUGAUUGUUUUUCUCUACAUAUGUGACAACGAUACGAAUUGGGUAGUGAAAAUAAGCGUCGGAAUUGGAUUACUCAUUGAGUGUUGGAAAAUACCAAAGGUUAUGAACGUCGAGGUAAUUCGUACGAGCAAAAUAUUCGACGUUAUUCCGAGGUUGAAAUUUAGUGAUAAAGGGUCAUAUGUCGAAAGCGAAACAAAACUUUACGACGAGAUGGCGUUCAAAUAUUUGUCGUGCGUCUUGUUCCCUCUUCUUGGAGGCUACGCAGUUUAUUCUUUAAUAUAUGUUGAGCAACGCGGGUGGUAUUCCUGGGUAUUGAGCAUGCUUUACGGGUUUCUACUCAUGUUUGGUUUCAUUGCUAUGACUCCACAGCUAUUCAUCAAUUACAAACUGAAAUCUGUAGCACAUCUUCCUUGGGGAAUGCUUACAUAUAAAUUCAUAAAUACUUUUAUUGAUGAUUUAUUCGCCUUUGUCAUUCGGAUGCCAACGAUGUAUCGCAUUGGAUGCUUUCGAGAUGACAUCAUAUUCUUGGUUUAUCUAUAUCAAAGGUGGAUUUACCGCGUUGAUCCGAAACGUGUUAACGAAUUUGGAACAUCGUUGGAAUCUCCAGCGGGUAUUUCACUAGACAGUAAUGUAAUAUCGGAAGGGAACAACGUUUCUGAUGACAAAGCGUCGACUGAAACGAAGAAGGACCGGUGA